GGCAGAUACACGACUCGAUGCCAUAAGCUUACACGACUCUUGUUAGGGUAGUUGGUCGGCCAUCAUGACGGAUUCAAAGUACUUUACCACCACCAAAAAAGGUGAGAUUUUUGAGCUGAAAACGGAGUUGAAUUCGGACAAAAAGGAGAAGAAACGAGAAGCUGUGAAAAAGGUUAUCGCAAGUAUGACCGUUGGGAAGGAUGUGAGCGCUUUGUUUCCUGAUGUUGUCAACUGUAUGCAGACCGAUAAUGUGGAGCUGAAGAAAUUAGUUUAUCUAUAUCUCAUGAACUACGCCAAAAGUCAACCUGAUCUUGCUAUCAUGGCCGUCAACACUUUUGUGAAGGAUUGCGAGGAUACAAAUCCUCUGAUUCGUGCUCUUGCGGUGCGCACUAUGGGAUGCAUUCGCGUUGAAAAGAUUACGGAAUAUCUGUGCGAGCCGCUACGCAAAUGCAUGAAGGACGAGGACCCAUACGUACGUAAGACUGCUGCAGUCUGUGUUGCAAAACUUCAUGACAUGAACCCCAAACUUGUAGAAGAACAAGGUUUUGUUGAGCUUUUAAAUGACCUUUUAUCUGAUGCGAAUCCGAUGGUCGUCGCCAACGCAGUCGCAGCCUUGACGGAGAUAAAUGAACAAGGACCACUGAUUGAGGUGAAUAGCCAGAUGGUUAACAAACUGUUGACUGCGCUAAAUGAGUGCACAGAGUGGGGUCAGGUGUUCAUUCUGGACGCGUUGGCCGGUUAUCGCCCACGUGAUGAGAGAGAGGCUCAGAAUAUCUGUGAGCGAAUAUCACCGCGUCUCGCUCAUGCUAAUGCUGCUGUGGUACUUUCUACUGUCAAGGUUCUGAUGAAGCUUGUGGAUAUGCUGCCUUCCGACUCUGACUUCAUAAAUCAGCUCACGAAGAAGUUGGCGCCUCCAAUGGUGACUUUGCUUUCUGCUGAACCAGAGAUCCAGUAUGUGGCUCUUCGCAAUAUUAACCUCAUCGUUCAAAAAAGGCCGGAAAUACUGAAACAGGAAAUGAAAGUAUUCUUUGUGAAGUAUAACGACCCUAUUUAUGUAAAAAUGGAGAAGUUGGAUAUCAUGAUUCGCCUUGCGCAACAGAAUAAUAUUGCUCAAGUGCUUAGUGAACUAAAAGAGUACGCAACUGAAGUAGACGUCGAUUUUGUCCGCAAGUCUGUCCGCGCUAUAGGACGAUGUGCUAUCAAGGUGGAAGCUAGUAGUGAACGUUGCGUUGCCACUCUGCUGGAAUUGAUUCAAACGAAGGUCAACUAUGUGGUACAAGAAGCGGUCGUUGUCAUCAAGGACAUCUUCCGCAAAUAUCCGAAUCGAUAUGAGAGCAUUAUCUCAACCUUGUGCGAGAAUUUGGACACGCUGGACGAACCGGAAGCUCGUGCAUCUAUGAUAUGGAUCAUUGGAGAAUAUGCUGAGAGAAUUGACAAUGCCGAUGAACUGUUAGAAAGUUUUGUCGAAGGAUUCCACGAUGAGAACACUCAAGUACAACUGCAGCUUCUUACUGCUGUUGUGAAAUUGUUCCUAAAAAGGCCAACUGAUACACAACAAUUGGUCCAGCGAGUUUUGUCUCUUGCUACCCAAGAUAGCGACAACCCUGACUUGAGAGAUCGUGGAUAUAUAUACUGGCGACUUUUGUCUGCAGACCCAGCUGCAGCCAAACAAGUGGUUCUGGCAGAGAAACCUUUGAUUUCUGAAGAAACGGAUCUGUUGGAGCCAUCACUACUUGAUCAGUUAGUAUGCCACAUUGGUAGCCUCGCUUCGGUUUACCACAAGCCUCCAUCAUCUUUCGUCGAUGGUGCACGACAACCAUUGCGAGCUGGAACUGGUGUAACAAAUGGACAAUCAUCUAUCGACUCCGUCAGCGGCGCUUCAGCUGGUGCAAGUCGCCCAGCUGCUCCGACGGUCAUCCCUUCGCAAGACACCCUUAUUGCAGACCUUCUGUCUUUGGAUAUUGGUGCACCUAUGGGCCCUCAGAUGAAUACAAUGCCACCGUAUGCGGCGCCUAUGACAACUUCAACGGGUUUGGAUGAUCUUUUGGGACUUGGAAGCCCUCCUGUCGUAGAUGCUGCUCCACCGGUUGCUGCUGCGAAUACGUUCGACCCCCUGGCUAGUCUUGGCCUUGGCGGUCCUGUAGCUCCACUUCCAACUGUGCCGCCAGCAACAGCUGCACCAGCUUCUUUAGGAGGGCUAGGAGACAUCUUCAGUAGUCCCAUGGGAUUAGCUGAGACGGCAUCAUCUGGUUAUCAGGCUCCCAAGCAGUUGUGGUUGGAUGCUGCUAGGGGAAAGGGCACCCAAAUCGAAGGCACCUUUGUCCGUCGUGGUGGUGCAAUCAUCAUGGAUAUGACGUUUACCAACAAGGCCAUGCAAGCAUUGUCAGGAUUUGCGAUUCAAUUCAACAAGAACUCCUUCGGCCUUGUUCCUGCAGAGCCGUUAAGAGUUCCCACUCCUCUUAUGCCGGGACAAAGCGCGAAUGUUACGUUACGGUGCGACACCACUGGAGCCGUACAGAAAAUGGACCCGCUCACAAAUCUGCAGGUUGCCGUCAAGAAUGACAUCGAUGUAUUCUACUUCGCGUGUAUUGUCCCACUAUUGGUGUACUUCCAUGAAUCUGGUCAAAUGGAAAAGCGCGAAUUCUUGGACAUGUGGAAAGAGAUUCCAGAACAGAACGAACAGCAGUUCACAAUUCAGAAUACACAGAAUCUGAAUGCAGACGCCAUCUGUGCCAAACUCCAGCAAAAUAACAUCAUGACAGUAGCGAGGCGUAGUGUUGAUGGACAAGAACUUUUGUAUCACUCCAUCAAGUACACGAACAAUAUUUUCGUGCUUAGCGAGCUGAAAAUCCAUCAAGCAUCCACGGUGCUUACGUUGUCGCUGAAGUCUCGACAUGUUCAAGCAGUAGCCAAUAUGAACGAUAUGUUCCAGCUUAUCCUGAGUAACUAGAGGCUUGUAGAUUAAUCUGUUACUUUUGCAUACAUAUAAUUAUUGCACGUUAACUUUUCCCAUUCGCUUAAAUUAUUCUCCUCCUACGAUUCCGCUUGGUUGUGCAAGUUCUGUUCCGUGAAUCUGUCAUAGUAUGUAACAUAGUCAAAGUAAUAAAUCACUUAU